GACUUCUUUUGUUUUUUGUUUUUUUUUGGCAAAAAUAUAUUUCUUUUUCUUUUCUGAUCUACAACACCCCAUCAUAGAAUACACCCACAGACCAGUUUGUUAUCAAGGAUUCAUAGAAGGAGGCUCAUCUCUCACUCAUUUGGUUAUAACAUAUUUUCCCGACUAACAUAAGCAAAAAACAGGUAUCAGUAAGCAUAAUAUUGAAUUUGGAAAGACAUUUUGUUAGGUAUCAUAUUUCAUCUCUCUGAAUCCGUUACAGACGGAUAUUUUUGAAGAGCAAAAUUUCCUCCCAUACUUCAUUGUUUUUUGGUUUCAUCCCAGUCUCCUAUGAUUUUUUUUGUUUUUAAAUAUUAGUCUGUCUGUAUUCAACUGCUGUCGUUUGGCAUAAAAUUUAUAUACAAAGUGACCUUGAGACUAUCUAGCAGACAGUCUGUUUUUGAGACUAUCCUGUAGCCUGAAGGGACUCGAAUGUUUUAAAUGUCCCCCCCCUCCCUCAUGGUGAAAUCCUGCUUUACACCAGUUCUGAAAAUUACAUCCAGUAAACCUCCUGAACAUGACAUAAAAUAAACACAACACGACUCCAAUAGUCUGUCUUCCAAGUUUUAUUACUUUGUGAGAGAUUCCAGAUUCUCAUCUGAGAAUGAAAUAAUUCCACGUUUCAAACGACUUCGAUGUCCUCUGACAGUGAAAACCGUACGAGGCCGUUUUCAAGUAAUCCUUCUCGCUUCUCAGACGUUUCUGAAUGGAUUAUCUACUUGGCUGCUUAAUACUAUUUCAUUUUCAUUUUGUCACUGGGAGUCCUAUCCCCAUACAUCACUCACACAGGGAUUCAAUUAGCGUGGCAGUAAUUAAAGGGGGGCAGGGGGGGCUUCUUUCUCAUACAAAGCCAUUUGUUUGACUCCCUGUCAGAACAAAGAAGAGGUAUCCAUGUGUUGAUCAUUGUCACCUAUUAAUGUAUGUAAUUAUACCAAACAACAUAUACUGCACAUGCUUGCAUGGUUUUUAAGUUAUGUACUCACUACUUUGAAUUAGAAAGCAGUACAAUGUCUAACACUGAUCAGUGUUUAAAUUUAGCAUCUGUUCAGUUCAGCCUUCUUAACUUCUAGCUGAUAAAAAUACGACCGUCGGCUUUAAUGAAACUUGUUCUUAAAACGUCCUGUUCAUGAAGAACCUCGUAUUCACAAAGUUUGGCCGUAACGUAACAACUUCUCUCGACACUACUCACUGAACAAGUGUUUAAUGGCGUUUAAAGUUACAAAACUUGAAAAAUAAGCAAAAACCGAGUCAAUCUGCGAGGGGCAAAAAUACUUCUUCACACCUUUCCCUAAUUGGUUCUUGCCGUCAAAGAGAAACGCUGAACCAGAGGAACAUUUUUCAUUGAACUCAGUCAAACGCCCUCAAGCGUAUGCAGGGAUGCAUAGUGAUGCACAACAAGCCCUGCGGUGUCCCAACACCAGAUAGAUGACCAGGAGUCCCGCAGCUGUCCACCCUUCACUUGUUAGCCUCAGCAGCCAAUCGCACGUCAGCUCUGUUGUCCCAGCAAAUCCACAGCCAGCUUCUUUGAAGUGAAAUCUAAUUAUUACUGCUGCACUUCUCUGUGAACAUUUCAUGUGUGUCUGUUCUGUCUCUGGGCGUGACGGAGUGUGUUUGUGUGUGCGCGCGCGUGUGUGUGUGUGUGUGUGUGUGUGAGCUUGCACCUAUCAAAUCUCCCUCUGGUGAACAUGACAGAAGUGAAGGGGGAGGAAGAAGAAGCCGCUUUCAUCUCCUUACCUCCAUUUGCUGCCUAAAACCUCAGCCGUGACACAUGAUGAAUCUUUGCGCGCGAGGCGUUGGGCGCCGCCGCCACCGCCUGUCGGAGUUGGCAUUCUGCAUUCAUCGGGAGCAUUUAAAGCAGAAAGUGUUUUUGUGUUCGAAGGGUGGGCUCUCGGCACACUUUAUUGAAAUCUCUGCAGCGUCAUUUUGGGCGCUGACUAUUUUAGUUGUAGCAUCCUUUUGAAAUUGUUACGGAAAACCCCGCGAGCUUUUCCACACCCUCAUUUUGUCACGCAGCAGUAACUAACUUUAAUGUAUUUCGUCGGGAUUCUAGGUGGCAGACAAAUGUAAGGUAGCACAGAGUUGUGGAAAUGGAAGGAAAACGAUUAAUCUGAAAAGCUUGCGGUUCGUUCAAAUGUUUUAACAACGGAAAUAACCAAACAAUCGGCCAAUUGCAGCAUCGCCCUUUACAAGUUGUCAACACAAGACUUUAAAUGAGACUUCUUUGGACUUUGAUGUCACUUUUUCAUAAGCGGCUUGUCCUUUCAAGAGAACCCGAGCCCACCAGAGCUUUGGAUCUCAUACUGUACUCUGUGUCAGUGACUGUAGCUGCGUUUCCAUUAACCAUACCGUUGCAUAAAUUGACAUUACGAAGAUAAAUUUGCUCAAGGGAAACACACCGAUUCACGUUUUUUCAAUAAAAAGCUUUUGCGUUAGGAUGAGGUGGUUGGAGGACGAUGGCAUCAUUAAAAGUUGCGUGUCAUUCGAACGUGUUGAAUCUAUACCUCAGAAAUGUUCUCUGUUUUCUACAUUGGCGGAAUAUCAACAAAGAUUUGCACACAUUCGUUAACGGAAACGCAGCCGGUAUCCGUCUUCACAGCUCCUUCCCGGACCCGUCCAGAGGCAAAAGUUCCCUUAAACGUCUGCCUCCCGGUGACUGAUUAUCAGGUGCUGCUGGCCUGUUUACCUCGCCGUGCGUUUUGUUCUCAUUUCUCAUAAAGCUAUCCUCAGCCAGCACCUGCGUCUCAUCGACGAAGACAGAUAGAGAGCUGGAAAAAGCUCAGCAGCAGGAUAUGAAAUAUGCUAAUGAACCGGUGUAAUAAAAAGCCAUCAUUACACAUGCAGGAGGAAAGAAAAUGGAAAACUUUGUAAGAGGGAGGGAGCGGGAGUGGAGGGAUUGUGCAUUUCCGACCUUGAUGUGAGACGAGCAUCCUUGCUGAAGGGCAGCAUUUUGGCUGGAAGAAACUGAGCUCCCAUCAAGAUAGUCCAGGCCGUGUUAAGACAUCAGUCAUAAUGAAAACAGAGCCGCUGCUUUAUGGGCUACUCGCACAGUGCCUGGGUGGCUUUAAUAAGGCGUUUAGGCGAUGAGUUUCCACAAAAAAGGCAGCCUACCAAACAAAAAAAGAAAGAAAAAAAACCCCCUCAAUAUGCAUCGCACUGCAGGGAAAUAUGCAAAUACAAAACAUUCCUAUUUAUUAAUCUGCGCCUGCAGUGACAAAUACAACGUGUUUCAUCUCAAUAGGUAUUUAUUUCUUUUUUUUCUUCUGAACAAUCUUUAUUUGAAAAUGCCAGAAACACUAGAUGCUGCAAUUCGCAUUGUGUUUAGAUUGUGGCGCAGAGUGAUCAGACGGUAGGAUCGGCAGAUAGAAUUUAAAUCAAGUAGUUUCUUGGCACUAUAGUCCAUAUAUUUUCUGCUGGGUUGAUGUUUGGGCUUUUAGAGAAUAGAAUCGUCCUCCACCAAUUUAUGUGUGGGAUCAUUGCUCUACUGGAAAACCCAUGUGUGUCCAAAUUUCAACUAUCUGUACUCAAACUGUGACUUUGUGAUAGAAGGAAAUUGGCUUCAGGAACAACACAAGAGCAACCAAAGUCAUAAACUAUUGAAACACAAGUGUAACUGUCCACAGUGAGUUGUACAUCGAUUUUUACACAAGUAAAAACAAAGUAAAAGCCCCUUUCUUGAAACUGACACCUUUUACAAUUGUGGACAAUGUUUAAAAGGCGAGUAUUUGACUACACCACUUUAAAUGUACUGUACCAAUUCUGCCUGGAAGACUGCUUGAGAGUUGCACCAGAAGCUUAUAGCCAAUUGCUAUAAAAGAGAAGACGAGUUGCAACUUGCUAAGAGAUAUUUAAUGACAUUUUUUACAGGACUGUGAUCAAGGUUUUGUGACAGUGACUUUGAAGAUUGUAUCAGCUUCUGUGUCUGCUCUGGCUGAGUCAAACGCUUAGGUCUCAAUCUUAUUGAGAUUCUUUGUUGCAAGUUGAAACAUGUUUGGGAAUUAUGGCGUCCCAACUUUUUUCUGAUCUUCUUUCGGUCCAAGUCGGUCCGCACAUCUCAAACGCCAAUCGUCUUCGUCUGACUCUUCCGACACCAAGAUGGAAUCCGGUUCCGCGUUUCUCGCAACUCCAUACCUUUUUCGCUGAAAUGUGUUGCUCCUGCCGUAGAGAGCAAUUUGAUUUGGAAAGCAGUUCGCAGCAGAUGUGAUACAGAGGGAGUGAUUUACAAGUGAUUUACAAGUGAUUUACAAGACUAACAACAAUCAUCAUGUGGUGAUAAAACAUGUAAUCAGGAGUGGAGGUAAGGCCAUCCCAGAGGUUGGAGACCUGGAGCCACGAUGGCAGCUGCCCGCAAAGCUGCUUACUGCGUUUCCUUCCUAAUGUGGAUCCUGGCUGAUUUUACAGCCGAAUCCCUGGAGAACGUGGCACCAGAGGGAAUAGCAUCUCAGUCAUCCACUGCUCACCUUGGUGUUGCCUCAAGGGCAGUCGAUGGAAACAGAGACCCAGAGUACAGUCACGAAUCCUGCACUCAUACAGUAGGGGGACCGAACCCGUGGUGGAGUCUGUUGUUGCCAGUCGUGUACCGGGUCACGACCGUCAGCAUCACCAACAGGAACGUGGCGAGCGAGAGGAUAAAUAAUGCCGAGAUCCUCAUCGGGAAUUCCUUAGAAAACAACGGAAACAACAACCCCAGAUGUGCUGUCAUUUCCUCCAUCCCCAGUGGGGGAACCAAAACCUUUAACUGCACAGGAAUGACGGGUCGGAUGUUGACCGUAAAGAUCAGCACCUCAUUCGGCAUUCUGACAAUGUGUGAGCUUGAAGUGUAUGGAGAACUGGCUGCUCCCUCGCCGUCCUUCAGCGCAGUGGUGAUGGGACGGAGAGUAGCCGUUGUGCAGAAGAAGCUGUGCUGGUCGGACGCCUUGUUAUACUGCAGGGAACAUUACUGGGACCUCCUCAGCGUUCGCAGCGAGCAGGAGCAGAGAGGGUUGGAGGAGGUGUUGAGAAACACAACCUUCCUGACAAACGACCCCACCGUUUCUUCCAGACAUGUGUGGCUGGGACUGCGCAGGCGUCUGAUGGGGAGCUCGUGGUUUUGGAUGUCUGGUGCUUCCAUGAGCUACAUUUACUGGAAAGAGCAACACAUCUGGCAGGUCACAAGUCCCUGUGGUGGAGUGGACGCUGACGACUCCUUCUACUGGUCAAAUUUUCCGUGUGGAGAUCACCUCUAUUUCGUCUGCUUGAAAGAAUUUGAGGAAAACGGGAGCCGUGUGGAAUUCUACAGUUUCACCAGACAGUAAACGUCCCCGGGAAGACAAACUCUGGUUUCACUCACUUAGCUCGGUAGCAUGUGGUCUUUUCAGGACUUAUGAAGCUAAUAGCGAAAAUUCAACCUGGAAGACUCCAUCCCCUCCGUUCGUCUAUCGGCGUCAUGCUCAUCUCCGACCUC